AUGGGCAGUAGCUGAUAUAACUGGUGACAACAUCGCAUACACCUUCAGCUUGCAAUCUAGCUAUUAAGAUCAUAGCAAGGCUGGAAAUCCAGUCGAUGACGGACACGGAGAAGUCACAAUUAUCACUAAUGAACCUGACAUACGAGGAGCAGAGGUUGGAGAAUAUACGAAAAAACGAGGAAUUACUAAGGUCUCUAGGAUUAGAAACUCCAUCUGAAGCUAAAUCACUAGCGACCCCUUCGAGUCUCAAAACUGCAGGAAAACAAAGGAGAUAUGAUGAUGGCUUGGCGGGCGAAAGCAACACAGCAAGAAAUAGACCAGGGUUUCCUCGAAAGCAACGUACGAACGAUGUUGAAGACCUAACUUUGGUUCCCCAUUCGGCCGUCAAGCGAAGGCGAAGUGUCAGAUUAGGAGGAAGGGAAAAACCGAACUACACGAAAGAACUAGUCACAUUUAAUGGUGACAGGGACACUCCGAACACGCCCUCACGCUACAUUAAAUCGACUCAUAGCCAUCCCGAUAGUGAGGAGGGAGAUAUCAGACAAGGAAAGAUUAGCAAAUUGGGUGUCAGGCUCCAUAAUCCGAAAACUUUUGGUCAUAUUCCAGGGGUCGAAGUGGGUAAAUGGUGGGCGACGAGGAUGGAGGCGUCAGCCGAUGCUGUACAUGCACCCACGGUUGCAGGUAUAUCUGGUAAUGCUAACGAUGGUGCUUGGUCCGUGGCUCUCUCGGGUGGCUAUCCAGAUGAUAUUGACUUAGGUUACGCUUUCACCUACACCGGCUGUGGAGGCCGAGAUUUGAAAGGGACUAAACAAAAUCCAAAGAAUCUUCGGACUGCACCUCAGACUUCUCAUCAGAGUUUCGAUAAUCCUUUAAACGCUGCUUUGAAGCGUUCCGCUGAAACACGAAACCCUGUCCGGGUCAUCCGCGGGUUUAAGCUUCAGUCCAAAUACGCACCGCCAACAGGAUACAGAUACGACGGUCUGUACGUUGUGGAAAAAGCAUGGAUGGCGAAGGGUCUUACCAAUGGUCUGAUGGUCUGUCGUUACGCCUUCAAAAGAAUGGACGACCAGGAACCUCUGCCUGAAAGAGAUCUCGAUCACGACGAUGAUAAUGAUAAAGCCCGACCGUCGGAGUAGUAGUAGUAAUUAUUUUAAACUUAUUACCCCUGUAUCUCUGCAGCACAAGGGUCAUCCUUGUUAAUAACUGCCCUUCUCCAACUUUCCAAUCUCCUUAGUCCUCCGCUUCAUUUCUUGCUCCGUCGUUCACUCUUCCAUCAGCAGACCCCCGCUUGUGACUGCCAGAGGCUCGAAUAAUGCUUCUUCUGAAGCAAGAAGCGACGGAGCCCUCGCUCACGAACCAUGUCCCGUGGUCUGCAAAUAGUAAUUACAAUCAAUAAGUAAAGAGUAGCGACGCACAACGAGGUUUUGCUCGUUGCUUGCAUAUAUGAAUCGAAA